AUGCAUAAAGGCUGCACUCUGACACGGGAACGGGAGAGCUUCGAAAACAUCUAUCUCGAUCUGUCCAAGCAGCCUGGCAAAUGCAAACUUGCAGAGAGUGGUAUGGGAUGGCGACCAUCAGGCGGCGGAGACACAUUCACUUUGGACAGCAGCAACAUUGGAGCUGCACAAUGGAGCCGAGCUGCUAAGGGGUUUGAGUUGAAGAUCUUAUCGCGAACAUCAGGUGUCAUCCAACUCGAUGGAUUCGAUCAAGAGGACUUUGAGCGAUUGAGCAAAGCCUUCAAAGUCUGGUACGGUGUCGCCGUCGAACAACGAGAACACGCUAUUCGAGGAUGGAACUGGGGCAAAGCAGAAUUCACCAAAGCCGAACUUUCUUUCAACGUUCAGAAUCGUCCCGCUUUCGAAAUUCCUUACUCUGAAAUCUCCAACACAAAUCUAGCAGGUAAAAACGAAGUCGCCGUCGAAUUCGCGUUGCCCGCGGAUGAAAAGGCCAACGGUCACAUCGAAGGAAGCACAAAAAACCGCGGCCGCAAGGCUGCCGCUGGUCCUGAUGAGUUGGUCGAGAUGCGAUUCUACAUCCCUGGCACUGCGCUCAAAAAGGAGAAGACUGAAGGUGACGAAGUCAAAAAGGAAGAAGGCGAAGGCGAAGGCGAGGGUGAAGGCGAAGAAGAGGAAGUUGAGGAACAAAACGCUGCCAACCUUUUCUACGAGACCCUUAUGGACAAGGCCGAGAUUGGAGAUGUUGCAGGAGACACAUACGCCACGUUCUUGGAUGUUCUGCAUCUCACACCCAGAGGUCGAUUCGAUAUCGAUAUGUACGAGGCGUCGUUCAGGUUGCGUGGUAAGACAUACGAUUACAAGAUUCAAUAUUCUUCGAUAAAGAAAUUCUUCUUGCUUCCUAAGAACGACGAAACGCACACUUUGAUCGUUCUUGGAUUGGACCCACCCCUUCGACAGGGUCAAACAAGAUACCCCUUUUUGGUUAUGCAGUUGAAGUUGGAUGAAGAAGUUAGCAUCGAGCUGAACAUGACAGAGGAACUCUUACAAGAGCGCUACAAAGACAAGCUGGAGCCAAGAUAUGAGGAGCCGAUUCACCAAGUCAUUACAAAGAUUUUCCGUGGCUUGUCAGGAAAGAAAGUCAUCAUGCCAUCGAAGGACUUUGUUAGCCAUCACGGCCACAGCGGAGUCAAGUGCUCGAUCAAAGCAAACGAGGGUUCUCUAUACUUCUUGGAUAAGAGUCUCAUGUUCGUGCCCAAGCCAGCAACAUAUGUCCAGAUCGAGAAUAUUUCGGUGGUUACCAUGUCCCGUGUUGGUGGCGCGAUUUCUGCCAGCAGGACAUUUGACAUCACAGUCAGCUUGAAGGGAGGAUUGGGGGAGCACCAAUUCAGCAAUAUCAAUCGCGAGGAACAACAGCCCCUCGAAGAAUUUUUCAAAGCAAAGAACAUCCGCAUAAAAAAUGAAAUGGUUGACGACUCGGCUGCCCUCAUCAAAGCAGCUCUUGAAAACGAGGACAUAUCCAGCGACGAUGAAGUCCGUCCAGACCGUGGCUCAGCCGACGAAGACGAAGAAUCCGUUGAUGAAGAUUUCCAAGCUGAUUCCGACUCUGACGUCGCUGAAGAAUAUGACUCUGCACACGAAAGUAGCGGUAGCGGAAGUGGCAGCGAUGCCGAGAUGGACGAUGCGGAUGACGAUGAUGACGCAGCGGAUGAAAUGGAUGACGCAGAGGAAGAAGAGAGACCGAAGAAGAAAUCAAAGGUCGGAAAAUAG